AUGGCGCUACCUAUGAGUUUCAGAACUGGAAUUGGACGCAAAUUGCUGCAUGAACUACAGAGAACCAUUGAAAUUUUUAACAAUAUAAACUUAUUUAAAAAUCUAGAAGAAUUGCACCUUGCUUUUAGAGAUGUUGUUGAUUUAACGGAUCCACUAUUGCUUGAAAAAUUAAAUAAAGUUGACUGCAAAUUAAAGAAACUUCAAAUAAUAUUUUGGGCUAAACACAAAUUUUUGAACGGUAGUCCGAACGAAAGUGACUUAAAAAUUAAAGAAGAGCCAAGAAAGUGGUUGUUCACAUUAAAUAAUUUUUUUUAUUCUAAGGAAAUUGCUUCAUUAUCUUUAGACCAUUAUAGCGAAGUAGAAUACGAAAGUGAUCUCAUAUUUGAAAAAUUUGAAUUUUGGGAAAUGUUCGUUAAUGCCAACUUAUCAAAAUUGACAAAUUUAAGUUUGUCGUCACAUGAUUUGGACUUGAAAUUGAUUGAUAUUUCAAAACUACAUAAGUUAACAAUACGUACUGAUAUUGCUAAUGAUCAUUUUGCAAUUGAAAUUGCUAGACUAUAUUUUGAUAAUCCAAAUUUAAGAAUAUCCUGGUGGCCCAGAUUUACAAGACCAUAUGACUUUUACCUGUUUGGUUUUAUUGAAAAUAUAGAAAUGUUUACACCAGAUUAUUUUCAAAUCAUAUCUUGUCAAUGGCCAUUAUACUUUUUCAAGAGCACUGAAAUUUCAGUUAAAAAAGGGGAGUCACUUAUUAACCACAGUAAAACUCCCAAAACACUACAUAUAAUUUUGAAAAAUGAGUAUUCAAUUGAAGAACUUUUUGAAAUGGAUCUCAUUCAAGAUGGUUAUGUUUGCAAUUUAGUUUUGAAUAUUAUCAAUGAGCACGAGCAGUUACAAUUUUCACCUCAGAACAAAUAUUAA